CCUUGACGCCUAAGGUUGAGGUUCAUAGGUUAAAGGCUAUACACGCUGCUCUACAUGUGUUGUUGUUUUGUCAUGCAUUGGUUGAAAUAAAGUGCAGUAACAUGGGGAAGAAUAAGAAGAACAAAACCAACGAAUCAGGAAAACAAGCGAACAAGACCGGUAAACAUCCAAGUGAUACUAAGCUCAAACGAGAUGAUAAACCCAAGAAAGCCAAACAACAGGACCACCUCAAACACAUCCCCUUCAGACUCCGAGAGAUAAUGAAGAGCAAGGAGAGAAUGAAAACGGGACCUUUGGGAUCCAAAAAGCUAAAAGAGGCCCCCUCCCCUAAAAGUAAGCCAGAGGAGGAUUCCCAGGAUGGAGACAUACCUGUGCCACAUUUCAGGAGGGGAAAGGACGAAAGUGAGAAAGCAUACCUGCAGCGCAUGGAGAGGGAGACACAACAUGUCCUCUUCCUCACCAAGAACCAAGUAGACAGAAAGCCUGAACUGGGUGCAGACAAGGGCAAGUCCGAGAAAAAGAAGGAGUAUGAUAAAGUGAGAUUACAGAGGCUACAGCAGAAAAAGUUGAACAGACAAGAGGACAUGAUGGAAAAAGAGAUGUUCGUAGAUCAUGUUCCCUUUGGGGAAGUUUCAAUGGCCCCGCCGUCUUUGAGCACCAAACCCAGGAAAGCUCAGGUCAAAUCUCAGAAGGCUUCAAAGGACCUGCUUCUCAACUCUCUCCUAGGCCACACAAUGGCCUCCACAGCCAAGCCCUCCAUGGCCAGACAGAGAAUCAUGGAGGAGGAGAGGGAGCGAGCAGUGGAGGCCUAUCGUCAUCUGAAGAAACAGAAGCAGCAGCAGCACGAAGCCAGGACUGCCAGUCUGAAAAAACUCAAGACCCCUCAGUGAUGUCUCGUGUCAUUCAACUCAGAGAAUUACAAUUCCUCAACUACAGUCAGUGUGAAAGAUUGCAGUGAAAAGUGAUGUUCAGAAACUGAGACAGAUCAUAAGAUAAACAUCAGCAGACUGUAUGUGUGUUACGUAACUCUGGAUCUGAUAUGCCUGUGGGGGAACCUACCAUACUGUAGCUAACUGUCAGGGAAAGGGGCAGACAUUUGCAUCCACAGACCAAAGAUGAGGUAAGUUAAACUACAUUCACCUGCCACUUUCAUGAUCUCAUGUUUAGUUCAAAAGAGAACUGGACAUUAUAAUGAUAAGUUUAACUCAUCACCCCCAACUACCAUGAAUUACAUACAGACAGGUUCCCUGUUGUUGAUUUCUCAUCCUGUGUAACUGUAACUGUGUUGGAUGUUCACUAGCAAAUGUUCAUUUAUAUUUACUGUUUUCAUUUUUCAUUUUUCCAUCUUAUAAGAUAGUAGGUAAUUACUAUGAUAUCACAAAUGAUGUCAUAGUAAUUACCUACUAUCUUACAUCACAAAUGAUGUCAUUGACAAUAAAACGAUCUCAUCAAAUUAUCUGAAGGCAAAUAUAAACCUCUGAUUGGUUUCUAUAGGUCCACUAGAUGGCAGUCCUCCUGUAGAGAGUUGGUUCCAUGGUUGUAUAGAGGACUCACAGAAUUAACUCACUCACUGAAUUAUUUUGGACCUUUUUUAAUGUAAAAAUAUAUUUUUGGUGGUACACUGUGCCAUAUUAUAUAUGUUGGUUUAUGGCUAGUUUAUGUGUGUAUUCAAUGAGUGGAACUGAGAGCAAUUUAUUACAGUAAAUAUAAAUAAAUAAAGUUAAAACAGUCUA